AUGAUCGCCACCGGGGGCCUCCUGAGGAUCUCGGCCCGUAAGCAGGACCCCCUCCGGCCCCCGAGCCAGGCGGCCAAGCGGCCGCGGAAGGCCAAGAAGAGGCGCAAGAACGACGUGGUGGUGGUGAAGGGCAAGCUGCAGCUCUGCUCCGUGCCGGGGCUCAUCGCCCUCGGCGGAAUCCUGGUGCUCCUGGUGGGCAUCGCCAUGGCCGUGGUGGGCUACUGGCCCCGGCCGGGCCCCGGCCAGCGGGAGGGCGGCAGGCCCCCGGACCCGGGCCGGACCGGCGGCCUCCCCAGCCCGGAGGCCAACUCCAGCACGGGGCUGAAGGUGUUGGGGCCCCUGAUCAUGGGCAUCGGCAUCUUCCUGUUCAUCUGCGCCAACGCCGUGCUGCACGAGGACCGGGACAAGAAGACCAAGAUCAUCAACCUGCGGGACCUCUACUCCACCGUCAUCGACGUGCACAGCCUAAGGGCCAAGGACCUGCUGGCCCCGGGCCCCGGGCCCGGCCCGCCGCACGCUUCCCCUCUCAACGGGUUCCUCGGCCGGGCCCGGGGCCCGCAGGCCCGGUCCCCGCGGGUCCGGGCGGCUCCCACCAACUCCGCCGCCUCCUCCUGCGGGGAGCCCUCCGGGCCCGGCCCGCCCCCGCCGGCCCCGGCCGAGGCGGUGUACAGCAUCGGCCGGGAGAGGGCGCUCCGCGCCGCCCCGCCCGACGGCCCCCGCCCGGACAGCGCCCCGCCCGGCAGCCCCGCGUCCUGCAGCCCCGCGUCCGCCAGCCCCGCGGCGUCCGGCUGGGGGCGGCCGAGCGCCGCCAGCUCCGCCCGGGGGUCGUCGCUCGGCGCCAUCGCCCUGCUGCCCCUGCGGGGCGCGGGGGGCCCGGGCGGGGACCCGGGGGGGGCCGGGGCUCUGGGGCCGGGGGGCGGGGCUCUGGAGGCCGGGGGCGGGGCUCCGGAGCCCAGGGGAGGGGCUCUGGAACGGGGGGGCCGGGUCCUGGAGUCGGGGGGCGUGGCCCUAAAGGGCGGGGGCGGGGCUCCGGAGCCAGGGGGCGGGGCUCUAGAAGACGGAGGCGCGGCUCUAGAGCCAGAGGGCGUGGCCCUAAGGGCCGGACGUGUGGCUCUGGAGUCAGAAGGCGUGGCCCUAGAGGCAGGGGGCGUGGCCCUGUUGGCCGGGGGCGCGGCUCCAGAGCCAGGGGGCGUGGCCCUAGAGGCCGGGGGUGUGGCUCUAGAGCCAGAGGGAGUGGUGCUAGAGCCCGGGGGCGUGGCCCUGGAGGCCGGGGGGCGGGUCCUGGGACCAGGGGGCGGGGCCCGAAAGGGGGCUCUGGAGCCAGGGGGAGGGGCUCUGCAAGCCGGGGGCGGGGCUCUAGAGCCAGGGGGCGGGGCCCUAGAGGCCGGGGGCGUGGCUGUGGAGCCAGGGGGCGGGGCCCUAAUGGCCGGAGGUGUGGCUCUAGAGGCAGGGGGCGUGGCCCCAGAGGCCGGGGGCGGGGUCCUGGGGGCAGGGGGCGGGGCCCUAAAGGGGGCCCUGAAGCCAGGAGGAGGGGCUCUGCAAGCCGGGGGCGGGGCUCUAAAGGUCGGGGGCCCGGCUCUGGAGUCAGAGGGCGUGGCCCUAAAGGUCCGGGGCGCGGCUCCAGAGCCAGAGGACGUGGCCCCAAAGGCCGGAGGUGUGGCUCUGGAAUCAGAGGGCGUGGCCCUAGAGGCCGGGGGCGAGGCUCUAGAUCCAGGGGGCGUGGGCCUUAAAGCCGGGGGCGCGGCUCUAGAGCUAGGGGGCGUGGCCCUGGAGGUCGGGGGCGCGGCUCUGGAGCCAGAGGGCGUGGCCCUAAUGGCCGGGGGCCCGGCUCUGGAGUCAGAGGGCGUGGCCCUAAUGGCCGGGGGCCCGGCUCUGGAGUCGGAGGGCGUGGCCCUAAUGGCCGGGGGCCCGGCUCUGGAGUCGGAGGGCGUGGCCCUAAUGGCCGGGGGCGUGGCUCUGGAGCCAGGGGGUGUGGCCCUAAAGGCCGGGGGCGCGGCUCUAGAGCCCGGGGGCGUGUCCCUAAAGGCCGGGGGCGCGGCUCUGGAGCCAGAGGACAUGGUCCUAACGGCCGGGGGCGCGGCUCUGGAGCCGGAGCCGGAGGGCGUGGCUUUGGGGCCGAGGGGCGUGGCUUUGGAGGGCGGGGGCGCGGCCUCGCAGUCAGGGGGAGGGACCCUGCAAGCCGGGGGCGUGGCUCCGGAGGUCGGGGGCGGGGCUCUGGAAUCGGGGGGCGUGGCUCCGGAGGUCGGGGGCGGGGCUCUGGAGUCGGAGGGCGUGGCUCCGGAGGUCGGGGGCCUAUCGCAGGAGAGCGUGGGCGCGGAGCGCGCGGGCGGCCCCUGGCGGCGGGGCGGGGCGGCGUCGCCUUCGCCGUCGGGGUCCGUCGGGGUCGGGGCCCGGCCGCCGCCGCCGCCGGCGCCGCCCCCGGUCCGCGGCCCGUCCCGCCCCUCCGGGGCCCCGACGAGCGGGCCGCCGCCCGCGCCCCCCUCCGCAGCGGACGGCCUCUUCGUCAUCUCCACCUCCGCCCCGGGCGGCCGGGAACACCGAAGACCCCAGCGGGAAACCUCCUGA